AUGAGAGGACCAGGCGCAAUGUGGCGUGUGUCAACUGUCGCAACUCAAAGCAAGCUGGAGCAGCUUGAACAGGAACUAAGAAGCAUCCAAAAGGUCGUCAACACCAAACCCUCCGGCAGCGAAUCUGCUUGGUCACCUCCAAGUCCCCUCACAGCCUUCUCCGCAACCUCAACAGACCAGACACCGUCCGCAGCAGCCCAGAAAACACGACCUCCCCUGCCUAUCCAACUCGCCGUGCCGUCAGCGCGACCCCCCGAGAAGAAGCAGCAAAAGAAGGUCGGGCCUACCGAGGCUCGCGUCCUGGGUUCCAUCCUGAUAUCUGGUCAAGACAUCGACUACUACUUUAGCAAGUUCUUACAGCACUUCCACCCCUUCCUCCCCAUUCUCCGCAAGAAAGAGCCCGAUGAAUGCUACGCUGCUCAACCAAUGCUCUUCUGGGCCGUCCUAUACGUGACAAGCAGGCGAUAUGCCAAGGACAACCAGCUCUUCGGCGCCCUCGUCGAGCACAUGACCAAGAAUCUGUGGACAAUGAUAGCGAGCGCGGUGCUAGGUCUCGACGAAAUCCACACCAUCCUCCUCGUCUGCGCGUGGCCUUAUCCGACGAUCCGCUUCGUCACCGACCCUUCCUCCAUGUUUGCGGGCAUUGCCAUGAACGCCUGCGUGUCUCUUGGCCUUCACACCGGCCGAGGCUCACAUCCUCAGUUUUGCGUGGGCAGCCGACACGGCUACACGUCUACUGACGAGGAGGCAUCGUCCACAUGGAUAGCGUGCUGCUUGAUCUCACAAAGGACAUCGGCAUGCGCAGGCCAUCCGCCCCCCUUUAUCCAACACGGCGACGCCCGCUGCAAAGCCGCCCUCGAAUCAACCUACUGGGCCGAUCUCCUCACCACCUACGAACUGCAACGCUUCCUCAACCGCUUCCACAUGUCCAUGCACGCCCAAACCUCGACGGAAGGCAGCGUCCCUGACAGCGCCGUCGCAGCCUGGGAAAACGAGUACGAAGUGCUCAAGCCGCUCCUCAUACGCUUCGACACAGAAAUCUCCCGCAUCCUCAAACUCGCAGCCCUCCUCGAAAUCCAGCUCUUCUACUUCAUGUCCCCCUCCUCCAUCACCCCCACAAACAACAACCUCAUCAUCAACGCAAACACCGCCGUCGUAAACCCCCCAACCGCAUCCCCCCCCUCUCCCUCCUCCAACCCAACCCUCCGCGUCAACACCCUCAAGGCAUUCACCACCGCCCGCUCCCUCAUCCUCACCGCCCUCGACCUCGACUCCCGCUCCAAGUUCAUCUCCCACUGCCCCGGCAUCCUGUGCCGCGCCCUCACCGACGCCGCAAACACAAUCGUCUACCUCCUCCACUCCGCCUGGGGCCCCGACCUCGCCCCCGAGGAAGCCAACCUCCUCGCCCAGCAGGCCUACUCCGCCAUCAUGCGCUGCUCCGUCAAGGAACAGGACAUUUGGUACCGCGGCAGCGUCAUCAUGGAAACCUUUUGGUCCUUUAGGAGCUACGUCCCGAAAUUCGACUCCGUCCCGCCUUCGUGGAUCAGCCGCGGCGCCGCCGGCAUCACAUACGCCUGUCUGGAGAGGUUCAAGAACGGCCUGCUCAUGGCGCAGAAGAGCACCGACGGCGUCAACAAGUGUCUCGAGAUUAUUCAAUUUCGUACAGAUCAAAGCUCAGGCACAAACACUGUCGCGCAAGAUCAGCCAAUGACCAACAAUGUGCCAGCCAGUGAUCCGUUCCAAGACGUAGAUUGGUCCAUGUUCAUGGACGAUUUCGGCUGGACAGGAGAAGACGGCGUCUUGAUGAGUCUCAUAUAA